AUGCCAGGGUGGAAGAAGGCGUGGCUGUCGAUGCUGGACCGAGCAGGCGGCGGCGGCAGUGGCAGCAGCGGGUCCCUGCAGGUGCACGUGCAGGGCCUCCACUCCCCGUCCUCCUCCUCGUCUUCCCUCGCCAGCUACAAGCGGGGCGGCAAGUACGGCGUCGGCCACGUGAGUAGCAAGGCGGUGGUGGUGGGCUGCUUCUCCGCCGUGCUCGCGCUCGCGCUCGGCUUCUUCUACGUCUCCGUCACCAGCGGGCCGGCCGCUGGCGACUCCUUCCCCUCCCCGGCCGCCGCCUCCUCGUCGUCCUCGUCGUCGUCCGGGAUUCUCCUGUCGUGGCUGUCGUCGAACACGUCCACGACGUCGCCGAGGAAAUCGCUUCUUCCCCACCCUCCCAUUAUUCCUCCUGCAGUGACUGCGGGCGGCGCUGCUGACGAUGACCAGAGCGACGCGCGCAACGCAACGGCGGCGUCGCGUCGCGUGCAGAGCAGCGCAGUGGGGCACUCGUCGGCGUCGGCGUCGGAAGUCGGCUCGGGGCAAGCGACAUCGGUAUCCGGGCAGACGGCCAACGCGCAGGGUCCUCCCCUGCAGGGCGCCGGGAACGCCACCGUCGGUUCCGAUACCGAACCCGCCGGUAACGGCACCAGAGAAGAAGAGCCCCAAGUCGAAACCGCAACGGCGAUGCUGCGAUGGCGAAGGACAGAGACAGACGGAGCCAGUUCUUCCAACAACUCCGUCGUCGGUGCUCCCGGUCAGAUAGCGAGGAACACUGACGUCGCCACCGGCAACUCAAUUGACGCCGGGACUUCGAGCCGAGAAGAGGUAACCGAGAACGCCGCCGUCGACAACGUGCAAAGCUCGGCACGCCAAGGGGCUCUGCCAUCAUGGCCGGAGUGGAAGGUGGACAGGCAUAGGCCCAGGAGAGUCGUGCGGCGCAGGCACCCGAGGCGACGGAAGGAGGUCGUCCUCCCGGCGCAAGAUCUCGUUGCCGAGCAGAGCGACGGCGAGACGGCUGGCGCCAAAGCAAACAUGGCCGUCGGGCCAGGCAACGACAUGGCCGGCGUGAACACCAGCAUGGUCGUCGGGCCAGGGAACGGCGGCGUGGUCGCGGGCGCGAACGCCAGCAUGGGCGUCGCCGGCGCCGGCAACACCCGGAUCGUAUGGACGUCGGGCGUGCAGGACCUGGUUUCCUUCGCCAGGUGCGACGUGUUCAACGGGAGGUGGGUGAGGGACGAGAGCUACGGGUUCUACCCGCCCAAGUCGUGCGCGCUCAUCGACGACGACUUCAACUGCCACAAGAACGGCCGGCCGGACAGCGACUACCUCAAGUGGCGGUGGCAGCCGCAGGGCUGCGACAUUCCCAGGCUGAACGCGACUGGAUUCCUGGAGAGGCUGAGGGGGCAGAGGAUCAUAUUUGUCGGCGACUCACUGAACCGGAACAUGUGGGAGUCACUGGUCUGCAUCCUUCGCCAUGGCGUCAGGGACAAGAGGAACGUGUACGAGGCAUCAGGGAAGAACCAGUUCAAGACCAGAGGAUACUACUCCUUCAGAUUCACGGAGUACAAUUGCUCGGUUGAUUUCAUAAGAUCAAUAUUCCUCGUCAAGGAGAUGAUCCGUGAGGGUAUCAAUGGUACUGAAGACGCGAAGCUGAAACUGGACGAGCUAGAUGCGACGACUCCGGCGUACCAGACUGCGGACAUCGUCGUCUUCAACACCGGUCACUGGUGGACUCACUACAAAACAUCAAGAGGGUUGAACUAUUACCAAGAGGGCAACCAUGUGUAUCGCAGCCUUGAGGUUUUGGAUGCAUACAAGAGAGCUCUGACCACCUGGGCUAGAUGGGUCGACAAGAACAUUGAUUCGAGAAGAACUCAGGUUGUAUUCAGAGGAUAUUCACUAUCACAUUUCAGGGGAGGGCAGUGGAAUUCAGGAGGGAGAUGCCAUAGGGAGACAGAGCCAAUCUUCAAUCAGACAUACCUUACUGAGUACCCUGAGAAGAUGGUAAUCGUAGAGCAGGUCCUGAGGCAGAUGAAAACUCCCGUGAUAUACCUCAACAUCAGCACACUCACUGAUUACCGAAAAGAUGGCCAUCCAUCAGUGUACCGAACAUGGUAUGAAACGGAGGAGGAACGGAUGGCAGCGGUGAAAAAGCAGGACUGCAGCCACUGGUGCUUGCCUGGCGUGCCAGAUACGUGGAACGAACUACUGUAUGCUUCGCUGCUCCAGGCAGGCAAAGGUUCAUGGAAGUUGUGAGAUGAUGAUUACAAACAUUAGGCUUCAUCUCUUUACAUGCAAAUGCAGAAGUUGUGAGAUGAUGAUUACAAACAUUAGACUUCAUCUCUUUACAUGCAAAUGCAGAGAAAACAAUUACAGAUGAUUCAUGAGGCUCCGGAUCUGUAGUUAUAAUUGGAUAGAAUUGCAAAUCUUGCGUUUGCGGUAGACCCAUUACUAGGACAAAAUAAUCAUCAGAAGUGGGAUUUUUUUUAAGAAUUUUUUCAGUAGUUCGUGUACUGAUGUACACGAGACCUCAAUAACUGAUGUAACAUGUCAAAUAGAUACUGGAAGUUGGGUAUCGUACCGCAGGAUUAUCUUCACAUUAGCUUCUUUGCAUGAAUUUGACUAGCAGCAGAUAAGGUAUUCCAGCUUUCUUUUUGGCAAGUUUUCCAGCUAUUUGACUAGAGCAGCUGGUUUCAAGAGCACUAGAACAAAGGGCUAAGGCUCCUACUUUUAGAAGGAAGUAAAAUACAGGUAUGAUAGGUCAUCUCUCUCAGUCUCAGACAGGCCAAAGGGGAAAGUACUUCUCAACCUUGCUUGCUUAUAAUCUUCUUGCCAUCAUAUUUCAGAUAAUAGUUUCUUUAUAUCAACCAGAAGAUAUUCUCCCUUGGUAGUAAUGUAUGUAUAACUUUACAAUUUACAAGCAAAAGCAAUAACAACAUGUGCUAAAAUAAUUUGAAACAACAUAAUAACAAAAUACAAAUAAAAAGUAGGAAUGUCUAGUUGCAGCACAGAC